AUGGAUAAAUUUCGGGUGAAUGAGAUCAGUGGACCAAUAAAAGAAAUAAUGAAAGUGGGUCGAACAAGAUCCGAAUGGAGUUGCUCCAAUGGCUUCAUUACUUUCGAGUUGAUAACGGGCUUCGUCUACUCCGCAUCAGAAGACACGCUAGAUAUGAUUCCUGGCACUCUCAAGCUAACAGACUGUUUACGAUUCUGUCAAGAAAACUCCACUUGUCAAUCCAUUAACUUCGAAACGGGCCUCUGUGUGCUCUUUACGUCCAGCGCCACCCAGCGACCAGGAGCACUAAAAACAUCUCACUUCCCAGUUUUUACCAUGUAUGCUCAUAAAAUCUGCUUAUUAGGUACGAGGCCCUGUAACAGAGUUUGGAUGUUUGAACGGGUCAUAGCGCAUGAACUUCGAGACUUGACCCGUAAGAGGUAUUCAGCCACAUCAAGGGAAGCAUGCAUGGAGAAAUGUCUUCAAGAACAUAGUUUCCAAUGUCGUUCGGCCAACUUUGACUCAUCUACCGGUGAAUGUGCUAUUAGCGACAUGGAUAGGCACUCUGUUCCCGAAAGCAGGUAUUUUGCGCCAUCUGGUGACAAAAUUGAGUACUUGGAAAACAACUGUGUUGAUGAGGGCGUUAGAUUGUGUGAGUUCAAGAAAGUGAAUGGAAGAAUCGUGAAGACAGUGGACGCCGUCUUUGAAAAUAUCACUUCGCUAGAUGAAUGCCGGAAGAUGUGCAUUAGCGUCCCCUAUCGGUGCCAUUCAUUCGACAUGAGUGAUACAGCAAGCCGGGUCUGUCGGCUAAGUCACCAUUCUUCAGCUUCACUCACACACAUCGAAGACCCUUACUUAGAGACGCGAGGGGUAGCGACCUAUGAGUUAUCUGCUUGUUAUAACGUGACAAUUCAUUGUGAAGCCAAAGAAAUGGUUGCCAAGGUAACAUCCAACAAACUAUUUAAUGGAAAAGUUUACGCGAAGAAAAGACCUAAUACUUGUGUUCAAGAUGUUGUCAAUAGACUUGAUUUUGAAAUCCGAAUGUCUUACAAUGAUCUUCACUGUGACGUUCAACAACAGGGGUUUGGCCAGUUUUCUAAUGACAUUGUAAUCCAACAUCACGAUAUGAUCGUUACAAACCAGGAUUUAGGGCUGUCUGUCCAGUGUCAGUAUGAUCUGUCCAACAGAAGUAUAGCAAAUGGUGUACAGCUUGAAGUAAGCGGUGAGGUAGACACGAGUGGGAGUCAGUCGGCUACCGUAAGCUCUCCUAACGUCACCAUGACAAUCACUGACAGGUCAGGAGAAGAUAUUCUAUCGGCUCAAGUAGGAGACCCCCUUGCACUGCAGUUUGACAUUGUGGAUCAAAACAGUCCAUACGAGAUAUUUGUCCGAGAACUGGUGGCUAUGGACGGAGUUGAUAACAGUGAAAUUCUUCUUAUCGAUAGUCUUGGUUGUCCUACAGACGUGUCCAUCAUGGGAGCUUUAGAAAAAGUAGACGGAAACGGCAAAGUUCUUCGUGCUCCAUUCGCUGCCUUCAAAUUCCCCACGUCAGAGAUUGUACGAUUUAAAGCUUUAGUGACGCCAUGUUUACCAAGUUGUGAGCCGGCUAAAUGUACAUCAAAGUAUUUUGAUGGAGAGCUCCGUAGCCAUGAUUCUUUAGGGAGACGGAGACGCGAAUUAGCAGAACAGAAUGAACUGUUAGUUGUCCAGUCCAUACAAGUCACAGAUAAAUUUGGGUUCGAGAGAAGCGAAAGAAAACUUUCUGAUUUUGAUGAAACGUCAUACGAAAGACAAAAUGAUGCAAAUUCCCAGUCAGUGGAAGACGAGUCAAGCUGUGUGAAUAUCAUAGGCCUGAUCAUUGCGUGUUCUCUAUUCCUUUUGGCUCAGCUCAUUUUGCUCUUAGCGUGGACUUAUGUAUGGCAAAGAAGAAAGAGCAAAUUGGCAGAGGGCGCUGCUAAUAGCGCUGACAUGCUUUACACUAAUAUGAGUAUGAUUUAUUAA